UGAGGAUCUUUGGCCUUCACUUCCCCAGGAAAACUUGCGUGCAGAGUUGCAUGUACUUCCCCCGCCGACCAUGCUGUGGCAGUGCAGCGCUUCGUUGACCACGUUGCCAACUUCCUCUUGGCAACGAAGUAGUUGUUGUCAAACGUUGCUAAGGAAGUUGCCCAGCUACUUAUUUGUAAUCGAGACGCUCCGAUGGGCGGUAAACCGACGGUAAACGGGGCUGGGACUAUCGGAUUGAUUGUAUUUUAAUGACAAUCAAACGACAGCUAGAAUGUCUUUAAUGCCUUUGAGAAUCUGUAGAGUGUGUUUAAUCGGCCUAUGCUGAGUUAGUUUAGCGAGAAACAUGCUAGCCUAGCCGCAUUACGAUCCAGCCAAGUGUUGUUAGCCACAGAUUCAUCCCAGUAUCUGUAUUAUUUCAUUUGUUUCGAGCGAGAGGAUGAAACAGGGCGACAUUUUACAAAUCAAAGUGGAAGCGAGCCAAGGAUGACGGAGAACGGAGACGGCGCGAGGCCGGGCAACCGCAGCCCGGCGACGGUCGCCAAUGACGCUCGAGCGCCAAAGGGCCCGUCGUUGGACCGCAAAAUGUGCAAGGAAUUCAAUAACGCCCUCAAACUGCAGCAGGCUGCGCGGAACGCGGCGGGGGAUAGUCCGUACCAACCUCGACCGCCCUCACUGCCCAACAAGUGGAAGGGCAAGAAGAUGCCGGAGGAGAACGUCCGUGCCCGGAAGCUGAGAUCCAGCCAAGAGAGCCUGAGCGACCCGGUGGGCUCGUCCACUGACUCUCUCAAAGAAUUGGGUUCCCCUACGAGCGAGUCCAGCGUGGCGCCCCCCGGGGUGUUCCGGAAGAGAGGUAGCAGCCUGUCCGACUGCGAGGGCAGCCCGACGGCCGAGCCGCCGAGCGACUGCCCGGAGCUCCGGCUGCGGUCCUCCAGGGUGCGCCUGUCGCCUGUACAGUCCAGAUCGGCGCCGCUGCCCGCCCUGCGGCACAACUUCAUGUCGGCCGCGCUGAAGGCCACUAAUAGGAUUGACAAGGAUUGUUCAGAUUACUGCGCCCGGAGGAGCGACGAGAGGCUGCUCCUGCACAGGAACCUGAGCGAGAGCGACGCAGGUUCAGAUAGCCUGUCCGUCACCUCCAUGAGGUCUACCAGCAGCGUGUUGAGCCCCAUCAAACCGCAGGAAGUCAGAAACAGGAGCUUUCUGGAGGGUGGAGGGUUAGGUAGCGGCGCCCUGCUGGGGGUGGAGGAGCUCCAGCGCUACUUCCCUGACCGGAGGCUCGGAGUCUACGUGGUCACAUGGAACAUGCAGGGCGAGAAGGGCCUCCCGUCUAACCUCGAUGACCUCCUCCUUCCGACUGACUCAGAAUUUGCACAAGAUUUUUACAUUAUCGGAGUGCAGGAAGGAUGUCCUGACAGGAGGGAGUGGGAGACACGCCUCCAGGAGUCUCUGGGUCCACAUUAUGUCAUGCUGUACGGAGCAUCCCACGGUGUCCUGUACCUCAGCGCCUUCAUCCGCAGGGACCUGAUCUGGUUCUGCUCCGAGGUGGAGCACGCCACCGUCACCACCAGGAUCAUCUCGCAGAUCAAGACCAAAGGGGCCGUGGCCGUGGCCUUCACUUUCUUCGGCACGUCCUUCCUCUUCAUCACGUCACACUUCACCUCCGGAGAUGCCAAAGUGUACGAGAGGAUUUUGGACUACAACAAGAUCGUGGAGGCGUUGGCGCUUCCCAAGGGACUCCCGGAUACCAACCCCUACCGAUCCACGUCAUCUGACGUCACCACAAGGUUCGACCAGGUCUUCUGGUUCGGGGACUUUAACUUCCGUCUGGGUCACGAGCGCGCCAGCGUGGACACGAUCAUCAAGAGCACGUCGGGCGACCACAUGGACGCCCUGAUGGAGCACGACCAGCUGUCCAAGGAGAUGAAAGAUGGUUCUAUCUUCAAAGGUUUUCGGGAGGCCGGGAUCCAUUUCCUGCCCACGUAUAAGUUUGACAUUGGCAGUGACGUGUAUGACACCAGCGCCAAACAGAGGACACCAUCGUACACAGACAGGAUCUUGUUCCGGACCAGGUAUGCAGAUGACAUCCACGUGCUCAAAUACGCCAGCUGUUCCAGCAUCAAGACCUCGGAUCACCGGCCCGUCAUCGGGAUCUACCACGUCAAACUGAAGGCGGGCCGAGACACCAUUCCGUUGGGAGCGGGCCAGUUUGACCGCAGCCUGUACCUGGAGGGCAUCAAGCGGAGGAUCAGCAGGGAGCUCAAGAUGAGGGAGGCCAUGAAGAACCAAAGCAGCGUGUGCGCCAUCUCGUGAGA